AAUCCCAAUUAUAACUACUUUCGUAAUCAGCUGUGUCAAGGACUAAGCCUUGUUACAGUUUAGUAUCUUUGACCAACCGGUCAAAAGGACCUCGGAGCCCUCUGCGCGCUCAGACAGCCGUCUAUACGUGUUCUCCAUACCUACAACAAAUUAAGUAGCAGCCAGUCCAAUUACAAGUUUUAUAUCUUAUAUCAUAUAUCUCAUCAACUAAACCUGUUCAGAUGGCUGCGUUUCUUACCAUGGAGCAGAUCGAGGAAAUGAUUGAAAAGUCCAUGAGCAAGGCCGUGAGCAAGGCCGUCGACGAGGCCGUUAGCAAGGCCGUGAGCAAGGCCGUGGACGAUUCCGUUAGCAAGGCCGUGGACGAGGCCGUUAGCAAGGCCGUGACCAAGGCCGUGGACGAGGCCGUUAGCAAGGCCGUGAGUGAGGCCGUGGCUCCGGUAGUGACGGAGCUGCGGACCCUUUCGGGCAGGGUGGAGACCCUAUCGGGCGAGAUGCGUCAACUAUCAAACAAAGUUGGAGUGCUAACCGCCAAGCAGCACAACUCUUUGGUGGGCCGAAGUGAUUUGCUGCAGAAGGUUCCUCUUCAUGAUGGCUCUCUUCCUGAAGGGGACUACCCGAGAACAAUCAUGGAGGUCAUCGUGCCUGGAAACGAGGCACUGCCAGAUGGUUCAAUGAACAUGUGGAAUAAGAGCAAGUCUCGAUGUCUGCUACAUCAGUACCAGGAUGACAGUGGAGAAGAGAGCGGCACUGAUGACGAGCAAUCAUCGAGAUCACUUGCAAGGAGACUGAGAUUGGCUCGUUGUUUGGGUAUCUCGAAUAUCCAAUUAAAUUUUGCACAAAUAAGCCUUUAAUUGGGCUCUUGCUGUCUAUGCUCUGCACCUGUGAAGCUGGUUUCAGCACUGCCACACUGGUCGUCUGCGGCAUCACCCCGAAGUCAGGCAGUGUGGUGUUAAAGAGCUUUAUCAUCUUGCGCCGCAUGCUACGCAUACUUUUAGCACCAUAUUUCAAUGGAUUUGUUGGAUGGGCUAAACAACACCCGCGUGUUCUGUUUGUGGUCGGUUGGGGUUUGGCACCCGGAAAUGGUAUCUAGGUCGAAGAUAAUUCAGUUUGACAUGUUUGGUCGCGUAUUGUCCCGUCCAAAUCCGGACGAGCUCGAACAUUGUUAUACCAGAAAUAAAAACUAUGUGUGAACGGUAGUAUGUAUGCGGCGUGUUUUUGCACUACGCCUCGGACACUAUGUCCGCAUUAGUGGCACACUAGUUAUCAGGGCCUCAGACCUGCUGAUAACUUUCAAAGUGGACAUUAACUUCCGAGCGGGAAAAUUC